AUGAAGAAGCUGGUGGAUGAGGCUUGGGAUUGGCAGGUUUGCAAGCUGACUGAGACGGAGUUCUCGGUCGUCUUCCCGUCAAGGGCUACCCUCCGCCUGGCGACGGCCAGCGGCAAACUCUUCCUGCCCUUCAGCGAGAAGAACACCGAGAUCCGGGAGGCUUUCCUUGCGCCUAAGCCGAGCCUGGUUCUCCCCUCGGCUUGGAUUAGGUUGACGGGUGUGCCGGAAGACUUGAUGACCAAGGAGAGGCUGAUGGCGGCGUUCGUGAUGAUCGGACGCCCCAUUGAUGUGGAUGAACUUUCAAUCAUGAAGCGGGAUCGCGAGCCGAUCCGCAUGCGCUUCCAAGGCAGGUAUCCGGAGCGCAUCACGGGGUCUAUUCAGCUGUUCGUCAAUGGGGAGGGGUACAACAUUGGGCUGCAGGUGGAGGCGGCUCCGCGCGGGGCUGCGGGAGGGGCAGGGGCUCCUCCGCCACCCCCUCCUCGGGAUGACGGGGACGACUACGACUCAGAUUACAUCUCGUCCGAUGGAGAGUGGAACAAGCACGGACGCCGAAAGAAGAAGGACGACUCGGGCGUGGCGACCAAGGAAUCGGAGAAGGACAAGUCGGGGGCGGCGGGGCCGGUGAGCUCUAAAGCCGCGGGUUCCAACAGCGCUCCUCCGGCGUCGAGAACUCGGGAUGAGCUCUUGGAGGAGGAUGUCCAGCCUAUUGACCAAUACGGGUCAAACCUGGGGCUGGGCUUCCGGGCCGCGUCCAGGGAGGACGUUGAGAGCUCGCCGUUGGAGGAGUCCAUGCAGGGUGCCACCGAGCCGCUCGGGGUGGUGGUGAUGGACCAUGCGGAGCCCUCGCUCUCCGCGGAGACUGACUCCCAGGUUACUGACCCUUUGGCAUCGUGGGUGGCUGAGAGCCCAUCUAUUGACGAGCCCCCACUCAAGAUCACCAGGCUAGGGGCGGCGCUAGACAUUCAGGAGGGAGCUGCAGCGUCGGAGGAAGCUACGGAGGGAUCGGUGGUCAAGUUGGUGACGGACGCGGGUGCGGUGGAGAUGGUGCGAAGUGGUAGGCUGGAGGCCGGGGGCCACGAUCUGCGCGCAGAGGCCCUGGCGAACCUGCCGCUGGCACAGGGCCGGCGCUCUCUGGCUGUGACCAUCUCUACAAGGAAGAAGAAGAAGCUGGUGGUUCCCACGCCGGUACGCAAGAGUGGGAGGAACCAAGGAGCAGCGGCGGGCACACCGAUCAUGGAGUUGGCGCAGCGUUUGGCGGCGGAAAAGAACCUGGAGACGAACAAGGCCAAGCCUAAAGGUAACACCUCUUCGGCUUUGGAUAUCCUUUCUGAUUCGCAUAUUACGUCUGUCGUUAGGGAUAGUUGCUUGCUGUUCCAUCCGAGGGUGGGAGCCCCUUCGGAAGCCAUCUCCCUUAUCCGUGCCAAGGAGAAGGUGCAAGAAGCGCUUGCGGCGACUAGACGGCGGUUAGAGUUGGAAGAAGAAGCGCGGGCGGCGGCCAGGGAGGCGGCCAUGCCUGCUGAGCUGGUACCGACCGGAGGAUCUCCCUUGGUACCGGCGUCGGCCAACGCCACGGGGGCGGCGGACGGUUCAGGGGAACCACGAUCGGGCCAGGCCACGGCUGUGUCGGCGGAGGGGGUGGAGACUUGCCCCCCUUCAGGGAGACCGAUUCACAAUUGCGUCAAGGGACGGAGGCCUCAGCUGAACGUCCGUUUAGGACGGACCAAGAAGACCUCGUCCAAAUGA